GGAAAAUCGCAGUUUAGCCCAUCACUAACGCUGGUUUUGAAUGCAUCUGCUGGUUCUGUGAUACUGUCACCCUUCGUGUACUGUGUAGUCAGCAGCAACCUCAUGGUGUUGUGGAAAUUUGUGUGUGACAUUCUCCAGACUGUAGAACUGAAGCGAUGGACCAGGAGCCAACUAAGUGGAUAAAAAAAGAGGAAACUGAUGAAGUACAAACUGAGUUACACUUCAUAGCGCAAGAUUAUCCAUGCAGCAUGAAUGUAAAAGAAGAGUUGGAGGAGGGUGUGAAUAAAGAGUUUCUUGAAGACCCAUUAAAGGCUGGCGACCCUAGUUUUUGCGUAAAGCAAGAUCCCGAACUGAAACACCGUGCUGCUGGAUCUGAGCAUAAUUCUGUUGAAGAUCCAUUGGGAAUAUCUUUGUCCACUGAUUUUAUCAAGGAGGAUCCUGAAUUAAAUAUAACUGAGAAUACUGUGGAAACCUCAACGAGAUAUGCAUCUGAUAGUGCAAGAUUUACUCAGACUACUGGUGGGAGUUGCAGCAUAUCAUGUGAAGAAACUUGUCACCAUAGACUGGUCCAGGAUGAGUUGGUGAUAGACAUGGAGAAGUCAACACAUGGGUUCAGUACCAAUACAGAAGAAGUGACUAUUGAUAAGGAAUGCUCAGUUGCCACCCAAUUUGACUGUAGUACGAGGGAAAAGGAAUUACAUGUAUAUAGCUGUAAUUUCUGCCAACAGAGCUUUUCUUCAAAAUACAGACUGAUAAUGCAUGUGUUUAUGCACAUUGAUGGAACGCAACCACCUUCAUAUGUUUGUAAGUGGUGUGGUGAGGUAUUUCACAGUAAUGUUGGCUUGAAAAAGCAUAUGAGAAUGAGUGAGAAUCGUCAAGUUUUAACUGCUGACAGUCAUGAAAAAUAUGGACAUAGUGAAGAGCAUCAAACCACUACCUCGUUGGAUAGCGAGCCAGAAGUUUCUGUCACAGAACACAAUGAGCAGUCUUCACGUAAGGAAACUUGGAAAGAUUCAAAGAAGCCCUCUAAUGACAUAUGUAACACACAUAUGACAAAUGAUAGAGAGAAAACAAGUAAUUAUGGAACUUUGUCUAUAGCUGUUAAUGUCAGUGCCCAGGCUGAUCUACUUACUGCAAACAGAACCGACAGAUGUGGUAUUUGUGGCAAAUUGUUUGCUAGGUCAGGUGAUCUCGAGAGACAUGUUUCCAUUCAUACUGGGAAAAGACUUCACAAAUGUGAUAUUUGUGAGAAAUGGUUUGCGCAGUCACGUUAUCUAAAGGCUCACACAUUAAUUCACACUGGAAAGAAACCUUACAUGUGCGAGAUUUGUGGGAAAUCUUUUACUAUGUCAAGCCAUCUCAAGAAACACGUAUUAAUUCACACUGUAAAGCAACCUCACAAAUGUGAGAUUUGUGGGAAAUCUUUUACCGUGUUAGGCGCUCUCAAGAAACAUGGAUUAAUUCACACUGGAAAGAAACCUCAGAAAUGUGAGAUUUGUGGGAAAUCUUUUACUAUAUUGAUCAAUCUUAACAGACAUUUAUUAAUUCACACUGGAAAUAAACCUCACAAAUGUGAGAUUUGUGGGAAAUCUUUUGCUAGGGCAGAUCAUUGCAAGAUACACACAUUAUCUCACACUGGAAAUAAACCUCACAAAUGUGAGAUUUGUGCGAAAUCUUUUACUACAUUAGGCAAUCUUAACUCACACUUAAUAAUUCACACUGGAAAGAAACCUCACAAAUGUGAGAUUUGUGGGAAAUCUUUUACUAUGUUAGGUGAUCUCAAGAAACAUGUAUUAAUUCACACUGGAAAGAAACCUCACAAAUGUGAGAUUUGUGGGAAAUCCUUUACCAUAUUAGGCAAUCUUAACAAACAUUUAUUAAUUCACACUGGAAAGAAACCUCACAAAUGUGAGAUGUGUGGGAAAGCUUUUGCGUUGUCAUGCUAUCUGAAGGAACACACAUUAAUUCACACUGGAAAUAAACCUCACAAAUGUGAGAUUUGUGGGAAAUCCUUUGCUAGGGCAAAUCAUCGCAAGAGACACUUAUUAAUUCACACUGGAAAUAAACCUCACAAAUGUGAGAUUUGUGGGAAAACUUUUACUAUGUUGGAUGAUCUCAAGAAACAUGUAUUAAUUCACACUGGAAAGAAACCUCACAAAUGUGAGAUUUGUGGGAAAUCCUUUACCAUAUUAGGCAAUCUUAACAAACAUUUAUUAAUUCACACUGGAAAGAAACCUCACAAAUGUGAGAUCUGUGGGGAAUGUUUUGCUACAUCAGGUGAUUUCAAGACACAUGCAUUUGAACACACUUGAAGUGGACCUCACAAAUGUGGUAUCUGUGACAAAAGUUUCACUUACUUGGAUACUCUCAAGACACAUGCAUUACUUCACAUCAGAAAGAAAAUGUAAGUAUGUGUUAGUUUACGCAAAUAGGUUUUCGUGGUUGGUGCCCUCAAGGCCUAUAAAAUAAUGUAUGUACCAGGGGACAAUAAAUUGUACUUUCGGUGAAAUAACUUUAAAAUCUGGUAGAAUUGUAAAAAAAUUUGUUAUGAUGUGUACUAUAGAGCGCUAACAGAUAAUGUGACAAAAAGUUCAUAUCUGUAGCUCCAGAUGUCAAGAAAUGGUAUUACCAAAUACUUAAGAAACACGAAUCAAAUGUGUUUUUGCCAUUAGCACUGCUGCUUUUUCCUAUUGAUCUUGCGACAAGAAGAUUGUGAAUUGUGAUAAAUCCUUACAUUUCUCAGUAAUCAUAAGUAUCUUGCAAUAUUCAGUAUAAGGCCAAGGAAAUGUGAUGGCUUGCUGCUUAAUAUUCCAAACAAAGUCAUCAUGUAGUACUUGUAACUCUGUAUUUUAGAAACAGUGACAGUAAAAAUAUAUUCAUGGCACUUGCUUCAUUGAGGCUCAAUACUGGAGAAACAUGAUUAUAACAAUUAUUGUACUCAGAUAUGUUUUCUCAAGAGACUUGGUGUGUCAUUAAUAGUGUGUACAUUUAUGUUCUGUUGGUACUAAUCCUGCGUUAGUAAACAUAACAACAAAUAUACGAACCUGCUUAAUAGCAUGUUCGGCCACCUUUGGAAUACAGUACUUUGACAAUUCUACAUGAUAUGGACUUGACACAUCAUUUACAUGUUUCUGGGUGUAUGUUGCACCAGUUGUAUUCCACACGUUCAGAUUAGCUAAAUGGUAUGGUUCAAGACAUCAGUGUUAGUUACCAUGCUACUCAGACCAUGCACAUGUGACAUGGACAAUUAUCCCGCUGAAAGAUGCCCCCACUAUGGGAGAGCACACCAGGAAUGAAGGAAUCCAUGCAGUUGCAAUAAAUGUAACGUAGUCUGCAACUGUCAUGAUGCCUUCAGGAAUGAAGGAAUCCAUGCAGUUGCAAUAAAUGUCAUGUAGUCUGCAACUGUCAUGAUGCCUUCUGUUGCUAACAGGUGUCCCACAGGAGCCAAAGUGACUGCCCCCAUAGCAUAAUGGGCCCUCUAUUUGGUUACAUUCAUUUAGAUGAUAGCAUAUCUGGAUGUGCAACUGACCUGGUGUAACAGGAAAUGUCACCCAUCCUGACAGUUAACAUUUGAAAUGACCUUCACUCCAGCGUCAAUGAUCCCUUGCCCACUGCAGUUGCAGGUGAACAUUUUGGUGAAUCGGUAUGGAAACAUACAGUGACCAUAUGUUCCAGAGCCACACAUUCAACAAUGUACAUUGAACUGUGGGUUUCAAAACGUGUAUGGCUGCCCCAGCGUUGUUUUCUGUCAUUAGAUAUGGCACAUAUUGCCACAUCUCCAGAUUUACAGAGCAGGCAAGCUUCUGACCUCCAUUCUUUGUGAAGAAGUAUUGAUGUAUUACAUCUUUUCAUAAUGUUAUGGACUUAUUACCUUUCAGCCACUUUCCUCAGAUGUUCACAACAGUAGCAUAGAUCUUUUGUGCCAACUUCACCACUUUUGAGGUGCUAGUUCCCAACUGCAAUGCCACUUUAACUUGCCCUUUGCUAAAGUCACUUACAUCAUUAAAUUUACAUGUUCGACGCUCAUCUUACUGAUAGAACAAAAAGUGUAAAUCUCUGGUCUGCUUAUAUACUUGUAAUCUGCUUACUGCAUCAUGUGCAUACAACGUGGCAUUCAUUCUCCUCAUGAACAGUGUUCAUCACAUUUUUGCCCAUCAGUGCAUCUUCAUGUAAAUGGGUCAGAUGCAGAAAUGUGUAAUCUAAGAAAUUCAUCAUGCUUGGUUGCCAUUUACACUAGUGCACAAUAGCUAUAUUUUUUGUGAAAUAUUUUUGUUUCACAAAGCUCUGUACAUAAUUCAGAGAUAAUAUAGGUAAGUGUUAUCCACCAAAGCUCUUAAUUACUUGUUCAGCAUCUAAUACUGCGUAAGUUCUACAAAAAAAAAGAAAUAUGUAAAUAAACAUUAGGUGUUAUGAUUUGAUUCCAGUUAUUUGUAUACACAAGAACAACACUUGAGAGAGCUCAGAACGUGAGCAUUAAAUAUUUCGUGUGUUAUAUUCAAAGAUGUUUCGAUUGUGGGUAUUUUUCUUAAUUUGUGGUAAAUAUACAUGAGGUUUUUGGAAAAUUGUACUUAUGCUUCAGUUUCAAUUUCAGAACGAUUGUUUUUAAUUCUGAUUUCCUACAUAUUUGUUAUUGUUGAAAGUGGUUUAGUAUGUUUCAUCAUAUGUGUAACAAUGGGAGAUAGUUAUAAUUAAGUGAUUGGCACUGUUGCUACACUUCAGCUGUGACACUUUGUAGUGAUAUGAUAACAUUGUAUUUCAUCUUUCCCAUGAUAGUACAUCCACAACUGCUGUAUGGGUUAUUCAUAAUAGACAACAUUCACAU